GGUGUUCGUUACCCAGGUGGCACUCUACUACUGGUUCCCCCUUCUCUCUCUCCUCCCUCUCUCUCUCUCUCUGUCUCUCUAAAAAAAUCCUUCACCGGCCGGCGAUCGUAGCAUUCUCGAAAAUUCACAAAAGUUUAAAAAAAAAAAAAAAAAAUCCCAAAACCUACUCCCAUCAUCUUCACCAUCGCCAAUGCACCUUCAAAUCUCUCUCCUCCCACUCUUUCUCCAUCCAGAUUUCCACUCCUCCCCUUCCGAUCCAUCUUCUCCACCGCUCACCUAGGGUUUUCACCUCAUCACGUACUUGUCCCACUCCCCCACUUCCAUUCGCGCCCAAGAUUGUAAAUUCUUCUUGCAUUUCAGUACUAUCUUUAUUUCAGCUCAAUUUGUGGAGCAUUCAAGUAUUUUCUAGGGUUUUGACUUCAUGUACAGUACGUGAAUCACUCUCCCACUUGCAUUCUUGCUACUUUAUUAACAUCUGUGCCCAAGAUUCUAGAUAUUUACUUGCAUUUGAGUAAUUGCCCUAUUUUAGCUCAAUUUAUAGAGCAUUUAAGUAUCUCCUAGGGCUUUGACCUUGUUCACUCUCCCACUAUGUUAUUCUUGCAAUGAAUUCAACAUUUGUGCCCUAAAUUGUAUGCUCCUUAGUCACGUAAUCCUUCAGUCGGACCCUCUGCACUCAAUACUUGGUCUGCACUUGAGAAUUGCUCUUGCUCUCAGUUCUCGCUCUCCGAAUUUAGUCGUUUGGUAAGUUCUCGCGCUCGUGCCCCUGCUCCGUGCCCUCAUUACGUUCACUUAGUUACGUUCCGCUUGCAUUUUAGUAUUUAGACUUCCUAGUUGAGCUCAAUUUAGAGAGAAAGCUCGAAUAUUUCAACUAGUAAGAUGUCUGGACCUACGCGAAUGCGGUCCAUGAAUUGCGGAGAAUCAGAGCCGCGACCGGUCCUUGCGCCGGCGGGGAACAAAGCAAGGACGGUCGACACGAGCAAGCAGCUCUUGAAGUCGCUGAAAAAGAUCGAUAAACCGCGCGACUUAGAUGAUUGUAAGGCGAAGAAAUAUCCUCCAUCGCCGGUGAAGUCGCCGGGAAUGGCGGCGGCAAGGUGUUUGUCGAACGUGUCGAUGAAUGCUUCGUCGUGUUCGUCGGACGCGUCAUCUUCCGACUCAUCGUGUAGUCGGGGGAGGAUGAUGAGCAGGAGGAGGAGUGUCACGCCGGUUCGGAGGAAGCAGGGUGGUCCGAAGACGGGAAGAGUCGAGAAGGUGGUUGUUGUUGGUAGUGAUGAUGGUGAUAGUGGAUCAUUGGAUUCAGGUGAUUCUUUGCCGGCCAAGAGAAGGUGUGCUUGGGUCACGCCAAACACGGAUCCAUCUUAUGCUGCUUUCCAUGAUGAAGAAUGGGGAGUUCCUGUUCAUGAUGACAAGAAACUCUUUGAAUUGCUCAUCUUGUCCACUGCUCUUGCUGAACUGUCAUGGCCUGCCAUUCUCAACAAAAGGAACACGUUUAGGGAUGUCUUUCUGGAAUUCGACCCAAUUGCAGUCUCUAAAUUGAAUGAGAAGAAGAUACUGACACCAGCAAGCAGUCUUAUAUCAGAGGUGAAGCAACGAGCUACCAUUGAAAAUGCACGUCAAACGAGCAAGAUCAUAGAUGAGUUUGGGUCUUUUGACAAAUACAUAUGGGGCUUUGUAAACCACAACCCCACAGUCAACCAAUUUCGCUAUCCCCGCCAGGUUCCAAUCAAGACAUCAAAAGCAGAUGCGAUAAGCAAAGACCUCGUGAGAAGAGGGUUCCGUGGAGUAGGUCCCACAGUCAUCUAUUCAUUCAUGCAAGUUGUCGGAAUGACAAAUGACCAUCUCGUCUCCUGCUUCAGAUUCCAGGAGUGCAUUGAUGCAGCAGAUGCAAGCAGUAAAGAUGGAACCCUUGAAGGUACGGUUAAAGAAGACAAACAACCGGACUCCUCGAUUGAGCUGGGACUAGAUAGAGGUAUUGACAAUUUGAGUUUAUCAUCCACGGAGUAAUUGUUUAGGGUUUUCGGUUGAUGGGUUGUAAUUUGCACCAUGAAAAUAUCUGUGGCCUAAGAUUGCGUUGUGGGGGCAAAUGUGGUUUUUGUACAGAUGAUUAUGAAUUACUUCCUUUCCUUAUUAUGUAGAGAUUCAGAAAAAGGGAGAGAAAAAUUUGCCAUUCAAAGCUUC